AUGAGGGUGCAACAGAGCACCAAUGGUGAUAAUUUUUAUCAGCAUUGUGUCAUCACCGAUGUGUCCGUUGGCCAAGGCCUAGUGAGUAUAUAUGAGACAUUAGUGAAAAAGGCCAAUGAUAGAGGUGCAAUAAGGGGAGGCAAGCGAAAAAGAAUGGUCGUAGAGGAGUUUGAUGGUGUCCUUGUUGAUUAUUGGUUUGAUGAGGGGAUGAUGCAGUAUGUGAGGGGGGAAAUGCCCAAAUAUGGCAACAGUUGGGCAAAGGUGAAAAAGGAGAGAGAGUUGGACAUGAGGAUGCAGCUGCUGUGUAAGUUAUUUUCGUGGUUAUUGCGAGACAGUGGGAUGUUUAAGCACUUGGGUUAUGAACUACUACCGGGAAAGUGGCCACACAAGCACUUGGGUUAUGAACUACUGACGGGAAAGUGGCCACACAAGCACUUGGGUUAUGAACUACUGACGGGAAAGUGGUCACACAAGCGCGUUCCUGUUUCGACUAAUGACACUCUAUUUGGCUUUGAGGAAGGAUUUGACAGAUGUGUACCAGUUCCUUGCAUGGUUUAUGGGUAUAAUACAGGGAACAUUGAGUCAUCGGCUCAAUUUACUCUUAAUGAACUAGUCGGCCAAGUCUAUUGCAUGGUUAUUGCUAAUGAAAUGCUAUUUGCUGGGGCACAGGAUGUCCCCACUGGAGAGCUUCCAAGGAACCUGCUUCUCUCAGUUGAUCGCCAUCUUGUUCAAACAAUUGUACCUGGGACAAGAUUGACCAUUAUGGGGAUUUACAGUAUUUUUCAAGCUGCAAAUUCAUCUGCCUCUCAUAAAGGAGCAGUUGCAGUCCGACAACCUUAUAUCAGGGUUGUAGGUUUAGAAGAAACAAACGAGGCCAGCUCUCGAGGUCCUGCUUUCAAGCCAGAGGAGAUAGAAGAAUUCAAAAAAAUUGUUUCAGAACUGGAUGCAUAUAAAACAAUAUGCUCUAAAAUUUCUCCCUCCAUAUUUGGUCAUGACGAUGUGAAGAAAGCUGUGGCUUGCCUUCUGUUUGGAGGAUCAAGAAAAAAUUUGCCGGAUGGUGUGAAGUUAAGAGGUGAUAUCAAUGUCCUGCGUUUGGGAGACCCAUCUACUGCUAAAUCACAGUUUCUCAAGUUUGUCGAGAAUAUAGCAGUUUACACUCCUGGGAAAGGUUCAUCAGCUGCUGGUCUUACAGCUUCAGUGAUCCGAGAUAGCAGUUCUCGUGAAUUUUAUCUUGAAGGAGGAGCCAUGGUUUUGGCAGAUGGUGGUGUUGUCUGCAUUGAUGAAUUUGACAAAAUGAGAUCAGAGGAUAGGGUUGCUAUUCAUGAAGCCAUUGAGCAGCAGACAAUAUCCAUUGCCAAAGCAGGAAUAACAACUGUACUCAAUUCAAGAACCUUAGUUCUUGCUGCUGCUAACCCUUCAUCAGGACGUUAUGAUGAUCUUAAGGUCAUUUCAGACAACCAUUUUUCUAGAUUUGAUUUAAUUUUUAUUGUUAAAGAUGUCAGGAUGUACAGUCAGGACAAGCUUAUUGCUAGCCAUAUCAUAAAAGUUCAUGCAUCUGCAGAUGCUGUCUCAGGUGACAGCAAAGCUUCUAAAGAAGAGAAUUGGCUGAAGAGGUAUAUACAAUACUGUAGAGUUGAAUGCCACCCCUGGUUAUCAGAAUCUGCAUCAGCACAGCUUCAGGAUCAGUAAGUCCAAAUAAGAAAGGACAUGAGACGGCAGGCAAAUGAAACUAGUGAGGCUGCUGUAAUACCCAUUACUGUAAGGCAGCUUGAAGCUAUCGUAAGGUUAAGCGAGGCACUUGCUAAAAUGAAACUGUCCCAUGUUGCGAUGGAGAAUGAAGUUAAUGAAGCAGUAAGACUUUUUACUGUUUCCACAAUGGACGCAGCACGGUCUGGAAUACAUCAACAAGUGAAUCUUACUGGCGAGAUGGCUAAUGAGAUAAAGCAAACCAAAACCCAGAUAAAGAGAAGACUGGGCAUUGGAAACGAAAUAUCAGAGAGAAGAUUGAUUGAUGAUCUCACUAGAAUGGCCAUGAAUGAAUCAAUAGAUGACUCGCGUAUUAUUGGAGUGUGA